CCCGUUACCAUGGCUACCUAGAAAUAUAAAGCGCUCGGUCCGGGGCGGCCCCGGAGUCACCCGCAGCGGGGAGGCUGGAGGACAGUGCUAGCUCCGCCAGGAUGCUCCGUCCCCGGGACCUCCGGCGCAGCUCGGGCACCCGCACCUUCCUGGACGCCAUGCACGCCGGUAAGGUGCACCUGGCCCGCUUCGUGCUGGACGCUCUGGACCAGCGGAUCGUGAACUCUCCGGCGGGGGAUCACGGCCGCACCCCGCUCAUGUUCGCCGUGUGCCUGCGGGAAGCCGAGCUCCGGGCUCGCUUUGUCCGGCUGCUCCUGGACAAGGGCGCGGACGUGAACGGGCAGGACGAGUCGGGGCGCACGGCGCUGAGCCUGGCCUGCGAGCUGGGACACCUGGACGCCGUGAAGCUGCUGGUCCAGCACAGCGCCGACCCGGAGAUCGCGGACCGGGACGGCAACCGGGCGCUGAUGUACGCGGCGUCCUGCGGCCACAGCGCGGAGCUCCUCUUCCUGCUCCGCUCCUACAAGCGCUUCGGGCUCCGCCUGGACGCCACCAACCGGGCGGGGAUCUCGGCUCUGGACGCCGCCCGGGUGUCCGGUCACUGGGAGUGCGAGAGAGCCCUGAGCGGGCGCGGCGGACACAGCCCGGACUCCAGAAACGGGGAGACGACGGCCCGCAGCCCCAAGCCGCUAUCCCGCCAGAUGCUGGAGCGCUUCUCCCGGCCCUUCUCACACCGCAGGGAGGACGAGCGGCCGCGGGGGCUCCUCAUCCGCUCCGCCAGCUGUUCCCCCGCCCACGCGGAGGACGGAUCCCUCCAGGAGAAAGACCUCCUCUGUAUCCCGGAGCCAGUCAUUCAGCGAGCGCACAGCUGGGACGGCUCCAGCACCGAGGCCACGUCCCCGUGCAGCCGCCUGCUGCGCCGCCUCACCUCUCCGGACUUCUUCCAAGGACUGUCCGGGGACGGUCUACCAUGUUACCCGGGAGACCUGAGGAGCAACUGCAGCCGGAGCCAGCUCAUACCGACCAGCAGCCGACAGGCCCUGGCCUUGUAACAGCCGCCGCCGGCCACCUACCUCAGAGGCUGGCCCGACUACUGACUGGCGUCGCAGCCACGUGACUCCUGAAUGGCGGGAACUGUGCUGGUCACGUGGCCUCUGACUCUUAUGGACCUGUUCCUGCCUCUCUGACUAAAGGCUUCUUGUAUACUAUGUUAUCAGUGGCCUGGCUGUAGCAGUGACUGAAGGGCCCCCAUUUUUUGGGGGGUCCCAUAUUUUAACCAGCAGGAGAACCUCUAUUUCACACCAUGACAUAUAGUUUGUGAUUUAUUUUUUUGGUCAGUGUGCUGUCCACUGAGGUGACUGGUGCUAUACUUACCGCCUACAGGGACCUACUGUGGUAUCAAGCAUCGGCCAUGUUGUUGGAGCCCCAGCGUGGACGAUGUGUGACACAGCCUUCUGACUCGUGUCCUGUACCCCAGCAUGGGGCGUCUGUCAUUGGGAGUUUGUGUCUCUGUCUACCACAGACCCAUUGCUGAGUGUAUAUAGAUAGAGCGGGUCAUUUAUCACACUGGUGUAAAGUAGGACUGGCUUAGUUACCCAUAGCAACCAAUCAGAGUCCUCCUUUCAUUAUUCAGAGCUCCUUUGGAAAAUGAAAGGAGGAAUCUGAUUGGUUGCUAUGGGCAACUGAGCCAGUCUUACUUCACACCAGUUUAAUAAAUGAUCCCAUAAUGUUGAAUAAUUAUGGAAUAUAUUGUUUUUCUUGUUUUGUAUCGAUGCAGAAUUACAGACUGUAGCAGAGUCCAGAGCUGAAUUCAUAAUUCUUCAGGUUAAAAUGGUCAACAAGCUUGUUGAGACACGUCCCUAACGGCUUAGCUGAACUCCAGGGACAAGCAGCACAAUGCCUGUGUGUUAAAGGGGUUGUCUCAUCUUGUAUAUAGCGGUAAUGUAAUCCUAUUGCCUCCUCGUCUUCUUCUUUUAGUCCAUUUUGCCUCCCAUUAUACAAGUGUAGUAUCUAGAGAUUCUGGCCACUUCUGCAGUUCAGCAGCUGGGGCUGCACAUGCUCAGUAGAAGAGCCGCCCUAUCUGCGCUGCUAGCUCUAGGGCAUGCGCAGUAGUCAUAGAGCCCUUCUACGCAUUUAUAGAUCACUAGCAGUCUUGGGAGCCUAAGCCUCCAGUCAUACUAACAGGCACCGCCCCCUAGGAGCACCAGUCACAGGCAGCGCUGAAAAGGAAGGGGUGAGACAACCCCUUUAAGACUAUACUAACUACUGUAAAUGACCAGAUACAGAAAGGAAUGCUGGGAGAUGUCAGCUCUGGACUACAAUAUACAUAAAGAGGCUGUCCAGCCUAUCCUCAGGAUAGACCAGCGCUAACAGGGUGCGGUGUAGUUCCAUUACAGACUUCCGGCGAUGGAUACACAGAACUGCUGAUCGGUGGAGACGUGUCAAACCCCCACCAAUCAGCUAGUUAUGGCCCAGCUAGAUACGCCAUCACUUAAAAAGGCUGGACAACCCCUUUAAGAAUCAGUACUAAGUUGUUGUGUUUUUUGGUUUUUUGCAAAGCUACUUGUUUGAAAGUGACCUUCAUAUGUAAAAUGCUGUUCGGCGCAGAACAUGUGCUGCCCUCUCCAGACAUGUAUGUUUUAGUAAAAACUUGAUCCAGAAUUGUAAAAAAUUGGGAACUCGUCUAUAUUGUGCCAUUAUUAUUCCUGCUAGACAACCUACAGCUAUUAGGGCAUGCUGGGAGUUGUAGUUUUGCAACAGCUGGAGGGCCGCAGGUUGAGCUUCCCUGUUCUAGAAGAAACAAUAGCAGUUUACAAUAAAGGUCCAGAUGGGCAUUACCAGUUGAGGGUGUGUUCCUGCACAAUUUGACACUACAGACUGUGCAGGGACACACUUCCAACUGGUAACACCCCUCUGGACCCUCAUUAUAAACUGCUAGCUUUUAAUUUAUAACUUCUAGCAGGAAUAAUAGCACAAUAUAGAUGAUCCAGAAUUGUUAUUACACGGGGAAUACAACUAGUUACUAAAAUAGACAUGUCAGGAGAGGGGGCAGCUCCUCUUUAAAGGGGUCUUCGGGGUUGUAAAAAGUAAAAGAAAAACAGCCUUCUGUGUAAACAAAGUCCACCUACUUGUCACAGGAGCUGACAGCCUUUCCAGUGCCGCUCCCUGCCCUCAUAUACAUCACCAUCAUACCCAUAGAGAAGCGGCACAGGAAUGAGAUGCUGCACUACAGAUGCUCAUGGGGUGUUCUGCACCACAUUGUGCACGGUGUAGAUCAGAGAAGUCUUUAUAACGGGAUCAGGAUAGUCACCUGGUUUGUAAGGCUGAAAGACAUCUGUCCAUCCAGUUCAGCCUGUUACCCUGCAAGUUUCCUCCCUUUAGGGGGGAAAAAAAUGCCUGAUUGGCGUCGGGAAGGAAAUAAUAAUUCCCUGGAUCAAUGACCCCUCUCUAGUAGCUAUAGCCUGUAAUAUUAUUACACUCCAGAAAUACAUCCAGGCCCCUCUUGAAUUCCUUUAUUGUACUCACCAUCACCA